AUGAAUUCGGUGCUGCUAACGGCGCAUCUGACAGGGUUCUGCGGCUCUGCCAAGGUGUUCUUUAUAAUGGUCUCUCUGUUUGAAGAACUUAGGGGGAUUUUGUGUAUUGCUCAUGUUGAAAAAGAUGAUAUAUCUUCACAUAAACUAGAGCUUUUAGUUGGAAAGUUGGAGAAUCCUUAUGGUAUUCUGAAAUUUGUUAGGGGUUUGAAAGAUGAAGGUAAUGCCUUCUACAAACAGUGUAAUAUGGGAUUAGCGCUUACUAAAUACUCUCUUGCACUCAAGCUAUUAUCUUUUGUUACGGUGGGUAAUGAUGAAGAUAAAUCAGUUUUUUCGAGCCUAGCUGUGUCUCUUAAUUUGAACUUGGGUGCUUGUUAUGUCAAAGAGGAAAAAUUUGACAAGGUGGGUCAGUUGUGUUCUGCAGUUUUGUGUUAUGAUACUUCUAAUGUGAAAGCUUAUUUUAGAAGGGCGGUGGCAGAUUUAGGGCUCAAUAAACCCGAAUUAGCUUUCAUGGAUCUUGCACAAGCAAUUAGGAUUGAUCCGACCAACAGAGAGUUUCAACAAAAACUCAAUGAGGUGAUAUCUUUAUUGGGUUGGUCCUCAGAUUUUGUUAAUGAGGCACUUGCAGUUACAAGAGAGGAUAAAAUGUUUAGAGAUUAUGCUAUAAUUGGGAAAGAAGAAGAAAAGAGGAAGUGUAUUGGUGUAAAAGAUGUCACCAAAAAGGAAAAGGAUGUUGCUGGAAAAUCUUUGAAUUCGGAGGAGGGUAAAGUUAACCCUAUCGAUCAAGAUCGAAGGCCCAACAUUAUUGAUAACAAUUCUGAUCCGAAGUCAACUUCGGAAACAAAAAACCCAAAUCUUACAGGGUCAAUCACCCCCCCUGUGAAAGGGCAUGAUAGGUGUGAAGCAACUCCAAAUUUGGCACAAGAUGAUCCGACCACAGGUAUGGUUGAUCAAGUGUCAUCGAGUGAAAGUACUUCGGUGCCCCUUCCAGUUGCUCCAGUCUACUCCCCGUUGAAGUCUGCUGCAAGCCCCAACAACCCCUCUUCUCAGAAUUUGAAGUUAUUGGAUGAGUGGCUCAAAAAGGAAAGCGUCUUAUCCUACCGAACUCCUAUGGCUUCCGAAUAG